CAUCACGCUUCGUUUGAGGCAUCAACUGUUUAUUUUUCAAUCCGCAUCGAUAGAAGAUGGUUUCUUUAUAGCGAGUUAUUUAUCUCAUGCCUUGCAAUUUAUGUGACCGGCAUUCCCAUAUACCUCUUGUCCCCUCGGCGACAUCGAACACUAUCCCAAUAUUGCAUGAGUCAUCACUUCCAUGCCAUCAGCGAAUGUUGCUUCAAGUUGGGACUUCACCGCGGUGAUUGAUCUCCUUCGUACACCUACGAAGCCUUCGAAGAGCCAAGAGGCUGUUUCGGGAAAUGAUUCGAAAGCAAGCCGCUAUGAACCUACCGCCAUUCUGACAAGACCUAAGGCUCCUCCUACUCUAGAAACUCCCGAGCAUAAACGGCUGGGAGAUUUUGAUGCUUUAUGGGAUGUUCUCCGACAACCUACACGAACAACCUCAUCUUCGGUUGUCGACAAAUCGUCUGACCCUAUUUCUAACGAUGAUUCAAAUCCUAUCUCCAGGCUGGCUUCCUCGCAGCCAAUAUCAAUUCUAACAGGACCCACCAACGUCGAUUCUUUCAAGAAUCAGUCUGCCUCUAACCAAGAUGCUUCUGCUGGUAUCCUUUCAGACUCCACGGUCGGGGGUGUGUCAGACGGUGAUAUCAGCAUAUUCGACUCUCCAGUGCAACGCAAAUCUACUCUAGCAUUCAUUCCAUCCCAAGUCAACGCCAUUGAGAAAACUGGCGAUGUAUUAACACCACCAUCUUCUUGCGAAGAAGACAACAAGCCGUCGUUGAGAAAUUACGAGAACAUAACGAAGAAGGAAUCUCGCUAUAAAUCGUCAGCAGACCGCAAAGCAGGGCUAGUGCUCAAACUCGGAAAGCAUUUCCCUGAGUUUAUGGGUCUCACGCCUGUUAAUAACUUUGUUUCGCGCACUUCUUCCGACCUGCAUGUUUUUGUUGAUGUAUCAAAUAUUUCGAUUGGUCUUCAUGACUGCUACAAGAUUCACCACGAUAUUCCCGUCAGCACGCAGAUCCGGCGACUGCCAUUAUCGUUUCACAACUUUUCACUUAUACUAGAGCGCGGUCGACCUGUGGCGAAGAAGGUUCUUGCUGGAUCAGACCGGUUUCCGGCCAUCAAUGAAGCCGAGAAACUCGGCUAUGAGGUCAACAUUCUCAGUCGCGUACACAAAGCAAAAGAAUUCACGCCCCGACAAGCAAAAUUCCGCAACGCACUCAAUCAAGGAGCGAGCUCUGAAAUGGGUUUCUCUCCUCCAGAAAGAUGGGUUGAGCAGGGUGUAGACGAAAUUCUACACCUGAAAAUGCUGGAAAGUCUAAUUGACACGGACAAACCAGCCACCAUCGUGCUGGCUACCGGGGACGCGGCGGAAGCCGAGUUUUCCGGGGGAUUCCUGCGCAUGGUUGAGCGUGCAUUGCAGAAAGGCUGGAUUGUCGAGUUGGUCAGCUUUGCCAUGAACACGAGUUUUGCAUACAAACGCAAAGCGUUUCGAGCGAAGUGGGGGACUCAAUUUCGAAUGAUCAAUUUGGAGGAUUACGUUGAAGAGAUGCUGGAUAUGUAGCAGUAGGGACUACUAUAUUUACUAAGAAAUACAUUGAAGUCUUCCAUUCCGAAAGAUUCCAUCGUAAAGAUAGGCGCCACUGGUGUGGCACGAAUGUCUCCGCACCCCGCAUCCAUACUUGAGAAUCCGAGCCGGCGCCACAUCAAUUGAUCUC